CAUAUCCUGGGAUGGAUCACGGCGUGAAAGACGGUGGUCUUGGCGAUACCCUCUUCCGAAUCCUCAGCAACUGGACUCGGCCAGUAGGGGACGACGAGCCGGAAAUGCUGGCCCUGAAUGUGCUGUUGCUAGGCGACAGGCAGAGUGGGAGGAGCUCUGUGGGGAACGCUCUGAUUGGUGGAGAGGAGUUCCAAACCGGUCUCUGCAUUUUCGGCGAUUCCGUGACGACGGAGCAGCGGCUGCUGAGCAGAACCUUCCAGAGGUAUUUCAGAAGACAGGGGGCGGAGACAGACCUGGUGCUGAGAGUGGUGGACACACCCCCUCACAUGCCCCGCCCACAGGAUGUGCGUGAGCUCUGCCCCGAGGGCGUGCACGUCCUGGUGCUCGUUGUGAGAGCUGACCUGCCGAACGCCAACACACACCUGGAGGAACACGUGGAGACUCUCUUCGGCCCAGAAUGGCGCCGUCACGCAUUGCUCGUCUUCACUCACGCCGACCGCCUGAAGGAGGCGGGUCUUCAGACGUCCGUCUACCUCACACAGACCAGCGAUUGGCUGAGAGCUCUGGCCGAACAGGUGGAAGGAGGAGUCACGUUCCUGGACAACAGCCGUGAUUGGCCGUCGGUCAGAGGGCGGCCGCUGAGAGAGCGACUGCUCCGCCUCUCGGCCAGGAACCAUCACGCAACUCUGGCGGUCCGAACGGGAACUACACACUAGGGCUUUGACUUUUGCCCCAAAAUCAUAUUCGAAGUUUGUUUGUUUAUUAAUAUUAAUAUUCGAAUAUAUUUGAAUAUUUAUUAAUAAUAUUUGGACCAUUAAAUGCCUUCAGUAAGACCUAUAUUGGUAUAAGUUGUAUAUGUUCUGUCCACCAGAGGGCAGUGUAUCAGCCAAUGUCAAUAGGCAGGCAGUGAUGUUGUCAGAAGAAAAACACAUUGCCGCAACCAAAGAAUUUCUAAUAUGGGAAGAAGCAUAUACUGUAUAUAAGAAUGGACCAACAGA